AAAAAAAAAACCGAAACAGUGACAAAAUAUCUGUGGAGGUCUGGGCCCCAGGUUCCAACUGUCUAUUGCCAUCAGAUGUCCACACGGGAACGACCUUUCAACGAGCGUAACUGCCAGGAAACCUUCCCAGCUCCCUCAAAAGGUCGGUGCGCUCUCUCUCUCUCUCUCUCUCUCUCUCUCAACUGGAAGCAAAAAUCAAUGGCCCGGAAAGACCAACGACACAACCAUAGCCGUAGAACUAGAAGACGAAGAAGCAGAGGCCAACCUCCACCGCCUUUCGACUCAAGAUUUUUUAUGUACCACCCUUUCGGUAUAAUCCCCCCACUCCCCUUAUAAACCCUUCUACAACCCUCAUUUCUCAUUCUCUCGCCGACUACACAAUUUCUCAUCCCUUAACACACAAAACAUACUCUCUCUGGACCAUAUCAAUCUCCACCCAGAGAUCCCGUUAAAUCCACGGGUAAAGCUUCCGUUGGUGCAUCCUCGUCUUCUUCAGCCCAACCGGAAUCUGAAACUCCUGGAAUCUCUCCUCUACCACCCGAAACAACGUCGCAACCACUUUUGCCUGGGUCUUUCUUUAUGGAUGCCGAAGCUGGUUUUUUCAUGGAGAACAUUGGGUCCUCGGCAUCUCCUCCCCCGACGGAAUUCGAAGCCUCCUCAACCAUAAGCCCAUUGCCUUCUUUCUGCGAAAUACCCCGAACGGUACCGUCGAGUACUGGAGGAGGAGGAGGCGCGGAGAAUAUCGGCGUGCCUCAGCCGCUCGAGUGCUUACAGGGCAAUCCUACACCGCCAUUUCUGUCGAAGACGUUCGACCUCGUGGAAGACCCGGCGCUCGACCCGAUCAUAUCAUGGGGCGUCAGCGGAGAGAGUUUCGUGGUGUGGGAUCCGGUGGACUUUGCGAGACUGGUCCUUCCUCUGAAUUUCAAGCACAACAAUUUCUCGAGUUUUGUUCGCCAGCUUAAUACUUAUGGGUUCCGCAAGAUUGAUACUGACAGGUGGGAGUUUGCCAAUGAAGCUUUCCAGCGAGGGAAGAAACAUCUGUUGAAGAACAUUCAGAGGCGCAAAUCACCUCAGUCCCAACAGAUUGGGGUCUAUAUUCAGCCUUCUACUGAAGCUGGGAGGCCUGUUCCGGAAGGUGAGAUACAGAAGUUGAGAAAGGAGAAGGGUAGGUUGAUGCAGGAGGUUGUUGAAUUGCAGCAGCAGCAGCAAGGGACCAUUCACCAUAUGGAAGCAGUCAACCAGAGGCUCCAGACUGCAGAGCAAAGACAGAAGCAAAUGGUUUCUUUCUUGGCGAAGUUAGUGCAAAACCCAGCAUUCUUAGCCCGGCUUCAACAGCAGAAGGUAAAGGGAGAAAUAGGUUCUUCACGAGUGAGGAGGAAGUUUGUGAAGCAGCAUCAAUAUGAAAUGGGUAAAUCGGAUUCUUCCAUGGAAGGGCGGACUGUGAAGUACCAACCAGACUGGAGACACCUCAUUACACCUUCUGUAGCCCAAGAUUUAAAUCCAGUUCCUGCUGGAAAGUCUCAGGAUUCUCUCUCACAAGAUAUGGUUGCUAUGAUAGAACAAGCGGGAUUAGGUGUUGAAAGCAUACCAUUUGGAUCAGAUGAAUUGGUAAUGCCAGAAGAUCUACCAGUACUGCAGGGAUUUAACAAAACCCUCAAGCAGGUGGGAGAAGGGUCAUCAAGGUUGGGGAAUCAAGACCUGAAAGGCGAGAAUAGCAAAAGCUCACAAGAAGAAGCUAAUCCAGAAUAUUUUGUAUCUUUCCCAGAAGAAAUAACGAAGGAGAAGAUGAUAUCUGAGUUGUCACCAGGGAUUGAAAGUAUUGUUAAAAAAGAGGAUAUAUGGAGCAUGGGUUUUGAUGCAUGUACCGGUAUGUCUGUGCCUAGCAAUGAAUUGUGGGGAAAUCCAAUCAACUAUGAAGUUACUGAUUUGGAAGUGACUGGUGGAUUAACAGAUAUCUGGGAUUUAGGCUUCCUGCAAGAGAUAGAAGGUUCGGGCAUUGAUAAAUGGACUAUUGACGAAUCCCCCUCUAAUGAGCCUGAGAGUCGAGAUCACAAGCCCAAAGAUGAUAUACCUGAAAAUAGGGAUCCAUGAGGCUUCAUUUGCUUCUGCACGUGCUGCCCUUGUGGAUCUGAGUUCAUUUAGUUGAACAGAUAAACAUAGGACAAAUUAUUGACAAAUAUAUUCAAUUAAUUGCAGUGUUCAUUUUUUCUCUCUUGAUUUUCAGCUUCCACCUCAAUAAAUUUAAUUUUUCUUAUAUUGCUAUUCAUUUUUUUUUCAGAUAGUCUGUCUAUUUAUUUCUACCAUCAAGUUGAUUAUGCUAUCUUAUGAGUUGUAUUACUAAUGCAGGGUUUUCUUGCUGACAAAUACAUUUCAAGUAAUGAACAAUGCAGGUUUGUGAACGUUUGGAUUGAGUAUCAUGCUUCCCAGGGCUUGGUUUCAUAUUCUGUAAUGCUCAUUCUAGCAUUGUAUGGUUCAGGUAAGAUGUUUUAUUCAUAAAAUGGUUCAUUCUUGUUGGAAGAUUAAAAAAAAACUCCAUCUGUCCUCUCAUUGCAUACUGAGCUGCUCACUAUUACAAACCGGGAUGAUCAUAGAGCUUGGCUGAUGCCUGGUGUCGGGCUUUGUAAAUCCAUCUUCAUGACUAUAGUUCACUGGAGACACUUUUUGGUUCUACAAACCUAGCAUUUAGUUGAAUGCAAGGACGUUUUAUUCUUAAAAUCUAGAUAUAUUCAGCAGCUUUGACUAUAUCAUUUACUUUCUGAAAGGAGUGAAACAAGCUACGCAGAAAUAAUGGUAGUGAGGAGUCUGUUUUUCUGCUCAGUCCGUUGUGCUUUGACUGGACAGGAUUUUGAAGCUGUCUAGCCUGGAGAGAGGCCCUUACUGUGAAAUAAAUACCUCAAAAGCCUGCAAUUUAUUGUGGAUGUGAAUUAUUGGAAAACACAAAGUUGACCAUAAUUUGUACAUUUCCGUGCUCAUAUUUUUUCUCUUUUCAUGAAACUCGAUUAAAAGUGUCAUGAAUAGGCUUCUUGGGCAAGUCUGUUUUGCAGGGUGCUUAAGCUCUACUGAUUUCUUGGUAUAUCCAUGACCGGAAUGUAUGUGGAAGAUCCAUUACUGUUGGUGGACCUCAAAAUCAAACUUGAAUGUGAUUGCCUCAUGGGGGCUCUGACGGAGGAGUGAGGAAACUGUUGGGUGAUUGCGCAGGCAGGGCUGUAUAUUUCUAAGUAUGAGCUCUUCACCAUCAUCUAUUUACUGUAUAUAGAUUGAUGUCUAACCUUCGAUGCCUUACUACCGUAUUUAUGAUGUAAUCUUUGUGGGUUUGAUGGCAUGCUAGUCCGUGUGAAGGGGCACCUGCCAUUUGCUUACUCAUCGCGCUUCUUUUGGCAAGUAACUAAAUGCCAGAACAGACCACCAAUGGCGCCGGCUGUGUCUAAAAGGAUUUAGGCAGAGACUGAUCUUUACUUUUCUAUCUGUACGUACAUGUGCAUGCUAAGGCGUAAUAUAAAUUCGUGCAACAGCACGUGGGUUUUAUGAUAUAUAUGUGAUAAAUGCAGUUCAAAAGAUUCGAUAUUGAACUCCCCGUUGGGACUGGGAGAAGCCAGCAUUCGACAUUUAACGUAUGCUUGGCAUGGAAACUUCUCCGGCAUCUAUUCCAAGUAAAAUCCGAAGUCGCAUUCUUUUUACGCAGCAUUGAGGCCAGCAAUUGGACAACAGAACCAUCUGUUACUGGAAUCGGUGAGCACUGAUGCUUAUGUUGACACUCAUGCUUAUGUUGCCCAUCGUA